AUCGGAGAUCACUUUGGUGCAAUCGGAGAUGAACGCGUUUGUUUUUAACCUUGACGACAAAGAUAGAGAAAACCAACAGCUAUAUCCGCCAUGUUUCCAUCUGCGAGUGCCUCUCUAGAUUAUGAUGAUAGGUCCCUUGACGUCCCAAUGGCCAAGGAGGUUUUUAAAUGCUUGAGAAACAACAUGGCUAACUGUACUGACUACACAGUCCAUGUUGGCGGCACCAAGUUCAACUGUCACAAGUUUGUCUUAAGUUCCUGCUCUGGUUACUUUGACGCUCUUAUAAAGACAGAUGUAAGUGAAAAAAAAUCGGAAUCAAGCUGUACCAUAGAGGGCAUCGCGCCAGAAAUAUUUGGUCUGAUACUUGAUGUGAUUUAUAAAGGGAAGCAUGUUUUAACAGAAGAAAACAUGCUUGAACUGUGGCACGCGUCCUCUCAACUGCAGAUGCAAUUUUUAGUUUCGGCUUGCGAGAAAUUCGUGAAAGAAAACAUCACGUUGCAAAACUACUGGAUAAUUUAUCAACAAGCUAAACUCUUGGACUCGUGUGUAAUUAUUAAAAAAGUCAGAAAGUUAAUGGUGAAUAAUUUCCCGAGGAUUGUCGAGUCGAAAGUUUUCAUGCAACUUUCGUUGGACGACAUAAUACACUUGUUGACGAAGAAUUCGUUCGAAAGAACCUCGCUUGUCGUGAACGCAGUUUUAAAAUGGACUUGUUCAGAUGACUCGUAUCUUACGACUGAAGCAGAUACAGAUAGCAGAGGGCUGGGUACCAGUAAGGCAGAUAGUGACGCUGUCAAAGAAAAAUCUGGAAAGGAUGAUCUAAGAACAACUGACGGGAUCAACCCCACACUUCGUCGAUCAUACCUCGGUCUCUUGCUGGCUUUAAUUCCUCUCAAAGAUGCGACGGAGUCAUGCCUGAUCAAACUUACGAACAACAAACACGUCAUGGAAAAUACAGGUGCCAUAACUCUUGUAAGGCAGCUGGGUGCUAAAGCACUGGGUGGUAGAAAAUCACCUGGUCUUUCAAAACGCUUCAAGUCAAAUUCAUACUCCGAGAAUUCCAGUUCAUCGGAUGAAGCCAAAAGAAUCAGAAAAAGAAGACUCAGAAAAUACUGUAAAAUACAUUCACAUUCGAGCAAAUCAAGCGAGUCGGACGAGCCUUACUUAAUGAACGAUCCUUACUUAAUGGACGAUCCUCAGCCCACGAUAUUCGAUCGAUUUUUGUUUGCUCUUUAUGUCGUCUUGGGCGUCUUGGCCUUCAUCUUUGCAAUCUUGGUCUUGCAAUUGCUACUCUACUAGAUUAUACGUGACGACUUUGUCAUCUCUAGGAUGAUUCGCCACUCCCUUGGCAAACGCAAAUAAUAAAAAAAAAAAAAACACUGCAUGCAAAUCGACCGAGCCAUUUAAAAACUUACACCGCUAUUACAUUUAUUAUUUAGUAUGUAACUUUUUACUGCUUUCAAUGUCCUUUAUAACAUAGAUACAAGAUUUUUUUUUUGAAAACCAUAAUUUUGAUUUUCAAUGCUGUAAUGAGUUAUAAACAGGCUAUGUAAUUGAGUACUAAUUUAUAGACCACUUGUGACUAAACUAUUUUAACGUUCGGUUACAUUUAUAUAAAAAAGUACCAAUCGAUUUCAAUGAAAUGGAACAUCUUUACCUGGAAAGACAAACAUAGUGAGAUUGUAGAACUAAGCCUUUUGCCAUACAGUUGGUAAUUAAUUACGUUAUUACGUAAUUUGUAAAGCAAUAAUGUACACCUUUUUUUUUUUAAAACAAUGAAGUUGAGCAGUUAGGCGUCAUUUUCAUAGAAUUCUAACACUGACUUAAAGAAUGUAUAAAAACUUUGUUAAAUAUGGUAUUCUUAGAUAUCUUUAAAAGACCAGUUAACGCAAGAAGAAAGCGAAUGUAUGUAACUGUGAUACAGACCAUCUGAUGUAUGCUUGCAAGGCCUAGGUAACAUAUAAUGUUUACUUACACAGAAGUAAGGGUGUAUGUGUACGUGUAUCAUAAAAAACCCGUGGUCAGGGAUUACUACAUAAUGGUUAAAGAAUAUAAACUCAUGAGAGUAAUAAUGAGUUAUCUAUUAAUACUAUAUAUAUUUAUAUUUAAUUCUUUAAGUAACAUUUAAUUCUAUAAAAUAACAUACAUGAUUCAUCCUAUAAAUACCAUUUUAAUUUCAAGAUUUUUUUUUUAGAUAAAUGAGAGGAUAUGAUAGUUUUUAUAAAUUUUUAUACGGACGUUCUAUUUAUGAUAGAUUAUUUACAUUUUAAACAUUGCAUCAUGCUAAUAAAGAUGUGAGACUUAUCAUGAAAAAUUAA